GCCGGUGGCUGGCUAGCGGAGUAACGGCAGGCAGUGGUGGAGCGGCGCUGCAAGUAGUGUCAGUCAGUCGCUGUCGGUAGUCAGUGAGAGUUGCGGGCGCGAUACGUUGUGCGACGGCAGAGUGACACCGGUCCGAUCCAGUGAUGCGACCCGUCAAUAUGGAGUCUCAGCGACAGACCCAACCCGCCGUGGAUCCGUACCUCUACCUCAAGUUGACAGGAGGCCCCGACCACCUGUUGAAACACCGGCUGAAGAACCACGUGGACCGGGGGCGUGUACACGGACACGAGGAAGUGGAGGAUCUGAGGAGUUCGGUCAGUGUCCCCGGGCUGGUGGAAGCCGCGAUGUUCGUCAGUGACACGGGAGCCGUCGAUUACACAGAGUACGCCGAUACUCCGCCUGUAUCUCAGACCCAGUAUGGAUCGGAUGAGUUUGGGCAGGAUUCACCACGUUAUACCUCACCCAAGGCGAGUGCUGCGUUAUAUGCCUCGGAUCCAUACUAUUUAGAUAGUGGUGCGGGGCCUGGGGACCCUUGGACAGGCGGAGGUGGUGCAGGUCAACUCCAGGCGGGGGGCGGAGCUGGCUACCCUGGCGGCUACACUGCCCCUGCACAGACUGCUCAGGGACCCUCACCAUACACGUCUAACAAUAUUCAUUUGCCUCAUGACAAUAUGGGAUAUGGAGCUCUUUCACCAAACGGUGCUAGUGGCUCAACUCCUACUGUGCCCCCACCACCCCCAUCUGAGCCCCUUGUGCUAUCUGGGGCACCACUCUCCUCAGGGCCUGCCCUGCCCCCCAUGUCAAGUUUCCGGGGACCUAGUGGGGCACAGUCCCCCGCUGGCAUCCUCUAUCCUUCCCACAGCCCAGUUGUCCAGAGCUCUGGGGACACACUAGGCAAAGCUUUGGCUUCUAUUUAUCCAACUGACCAAAGCGUAAGCAGCUAUAGUUCAAAUCCAUCGACGCCAGUGAGUUCCCCUCCGCCUCUGACCGGUGGAGCCCCCGGUGCUGCCGCGGGACAGAGCUGGCCUCCUCACUCCCAUCCUGCCUCUCCUCACUUCCCACCGGACCACCGGACAUUACACAUGCCGGCCGCCCCCGAGCAACAGAGACUGGAUGCUGCCAUCGGUUUCUUGAGGGACCACACUGACAUAAGAGAGGAACCUUUGUUACAGGGAACUCGAAUGGAGGAAAGGCUGGAUGACGCCAUUAAUGUUCUUCGGAAUCAUGCAGAGAGUCAGCUGGGACUACAUGCAGCCUUGGCUUCGGUCACACAUUCCACGCCACUCUACCCUCACGGCAUUGACUCGGCCCACGCACACCUUGCAAGUCCCCACGGGGUCUACCCCAACCUGGCUGCCACUCCUGAUGACCCUGCCGCCAUCAAACUGGAGAGGCUAACGGCUGCAUCCAGAUUGUCAGGAUCUGUUUUGUUGGCAGAGAAACGCAAAGAGCCACCGGACAGUUGUGAUACCAAGCCCUCUAGCAGUGAACUGACUCUCAACAGUGUGGCCAACACCACCUCUCCUCCCAGCCUCGCCAACUCUACCAACAAAGGCUCCAAACGUUCCCGCCGGUAUUGUUCGAGUGCUGAGGACGAUGAUGGGGAAGAUCCUUCGACAAAAGCUCACCGUGAGAAGGAGAGGAGGCAAGCCAACAAUGUCCGUGAAAGCUGUGACGAGGAAGGUGAUGAUCCGGAGCUGAAAGCCCAACGGGAGAAGGAGCGACGUCAGGCCAACAAUGCGCGUGAGAGGAUUCGGAUACGAGACAUCAAUGAAGCGUUGAAGGAACUGGGCAGGAUGUGUAUGGCACACCUUAAAACUGACAAACCCCAAACAAAAUUAGGCAUCCUCAAUAUGGCAGUAGAAGUUAUAAUGUCAUUAGAACAACAAGUUAGAGAACGAAACCUGAAUCCAAAGGCUGCUUGCCUGAAGCGAAGAGAGGAGGAAAAGGCAGAGGAUAGUGGGCCUAAACUGAGCCAUCACCUGGCAGUACAACACAUGGUACAGCCUCCGUCAUUCCCUGCCAUGCCACCGGGAACACAAGGGGCCUUGCCACACAAUGGCCCACAGUAGCGACGGGCCCCGGUAUACGCCAAACUUAUUCCAUACACAUAGUCACUGCCGCCACGUCACUCUCACUUCACUGACGUACCUUCGUCAAACGGCUGAAAAACAUUUUAUUGUACCUGGGCAACUAUAAUUUAAAAAAAUGUUUGUAUUCAAUCAUCGAAGAAGGCAAUAUAAUUAGAUGGAAAAUGGGUAUUUGUGCCAUAUUAAUAUUUUAAGUUUUUCUGUACGGUAAUACCUUUGGUCUGAAUUUGAACAUGAGUGAGAGUCAGAGUUUAGCAGAUGGAAGGUUUAGAUUGAAACAACUGAUUAAAAAAAAUGUUAAUAGAGUGUUGGAAAUACUCUCAUUAAAGGCACAUGGAAUCAUUUUAGUCUUUGAGUUCUGUAUGACUUGUGAUAAUUUAUUUACUUGUUAGAUCAGUGAUGGGGUUUCCUUGUUAUAUCUGUCAAUAUAUUUCACCUUCGGUUUCUUUUUCUAGACAAAUUUGUGAUGUCCCUAGAGUAUAAAUGUUAACAGUUCACAUUAUCAUAUCCAAUUUAUUUUAAAUCCAAGAAGACACUUUAUUAUUGCCCAUGAGUACAUCCACUUUCUACUGAUUUAAAAAUUACAGUUUUACUUUUUUUUUACAAUAAUUCACUUAACUCUGGGGUUAUUAUGGUUAAUGGUGUAAUCUGAGGAACUAUGUGGGGGUUUUCGGGGGUUUGCUUGCAGUUGUUUUCCUCUGAACGUUUCACUGUUUCUGACAUAAUACCUCACUGACGGAAGAUUUUUCUAUCACAAAAGUCUUAAGACAUAAUAUGGAUUAAUUGUAUAAGUGCCAAUUAAGUGAGUUAAUUUUACCUAAAUUUUAGAAAAUGUCAAGAUUUCUUUUAGCAUGGAAUUUCUUAAUCAUUAAAAAGAGUAGUAGGAUACAUUGUCCUUAUUUGAAACUCUCUUGGUAUUGCACAAAAGCUUUUCAAGCUAAACAAAUGUUUUGCUAAAGUAUAUUACAUGAAGUUCAAGUUUGAACACUUACUAAUAAUGAUUCAACUGUUGUUUUGUGUAGUUUAGCAUUAAAUGCAUGUUGGAUAUACGAAUCUUAAGUUAAUACACAACUUGCAUAAUAUUUAUAUUUAAUUUGAAACCAUUUAGAAAGAAAUAAUAUGAUGCCGAAUAAGAAACUGAUAAAUACUCAAUAAACCUUUUUCUGUAUAUUUUGAGAAUACAAAUAAAAAUAUGUACUGGAUUCUACUAUAGUACAUAUGAAUACACUUUUAUUUAUAUCUUUAAACACAUGUACUUGUUUAUUUUUAAAACUGUAGUUAUAUUUUUGAGUCUACAGUUAUUCUUUUUUUGUAUAUUUUGCUUUGUGAGUGAUUACAAAAUGCUGUGUGUUGGUUAUAAAAAGAGACUGUUGUUAAUAGAAGUGGAAGGUUAUUUUGUAUAUUUUGAGAAUUAUAAAAGUAAGAACUUAAUAUAAAUCAUCUUGUCAUUAAUAUGACUCAACCGCUUUUUCUGUAUAUUUUGAAGUAUUAAAAAGGUGUAUGUAUAUUUAUGAAUCUGUAUGUAACCUAAUGACCAACAGAAGUGCAAAACAGUCUUGAAUUCUUGCCAUAGUGAGUUCGGUUCAUGUUUCCAUUUUAGUUACAAUAAAUAUUAGUUUAACUGUAAAAUAUGUUUCUUAUUUUAUACACUUGUUAUCUAGUUUUGAGCUACAAGCCAAAAUGCAAUUAUUAUAACAUUUUGAUUUGUACAAAACGAAGUUAAGACUAGUUAAGAUAUUGCAUUUUUAUUCAAUUCUUUACAUUAAUGUAAUGUGGUGCUAACAAGUUGUUUUAAACAUAAUAAUUUGUACUUUAAAAAUAAAAUCAUGUAACCAUAAUACUGAGAUUUUAUAGACAGAGUAAAGACAAUUAUAUAAACAUAAUUCAGUGGUUUUGGUACAGAAUCAACCAAAGUUGUAGGUUCUAUAUAAACAUGUUUAAUGUCAGUAUGUAGUGUUAUUGAUUCACUGGAAAAGCCUGAUACUUAGAAACAUUAUUUCAAAAUGCAUAGCAACAGCAAGUACCAAAGUUUGCUGAAUUUUGUCUUCAUUUACCAAAUGUUUUUGCCAGUAAUAAAAACAUUAAUAUACAUAAUAUUUUAACUAAGUAGAUGUCCUGUUCUUGAAUCGCAAAGGAACAAUGAUUGAUAAUCAGCUUGUCUCUGUAACUUUAUCUUACACAAUCGUUUGAAUUGAAUAUUUAUUUUAAAAGAUGCAAUUCAAUAGAAUACUCUAUAUAAACAUCACAUAAUACAAGUUAAUAACAUUUAUCUAUGACAAAAACCUGACACCCUGUAUUAUUUUUGUCUCUUAGCGCUAUGAAAUAUCCAUGUGUUAGUAUAAAACAUAAAUACAUAAUAAUACAUAAUAUAUUAUUGGAUAUUUUAUAACAAAAGAGUUUAUUUAAUUAUAAGAAAUACAAUAUUGUGUAUUCAAUUUGGCUUGUAACUCAUAUGAUAUGAUAUGUUGUAGUUAGUUUAUGCAUUUUAUUACAGUUAGUGUUUAGUUAUCCCAUCAAGCCUUCUGUACAUGACUUGAAGAUCUCACAGCAACAAUGGUAAUGUACAGUAAAGUGUCAGUUAUUAAAAAAAGAAUCAAAUAUGUAAAUGUUUCACUGACAGAAAAUUCUCACACUUUUCUGUACAUUACUCACUAGCAAAAUGAUUUGCUUUUUUGUAGCCUAUUAUUCUUUUGAGUUGAAACUUACAUGAUAAGUUACUUACUUUGUGAAAACUGUGCUUUAAAAGCUAUAAAGUUGUAUCUGUACCUUUGUAUUAGUUACAAAUGAAUGCUCAAGCAGUGACUUCCAACUUGUCCAAUUUUUCACUACAUUUCUGAACUAAACAUAACACUUUCUAAUCUCUGUGAAAACUCAUAAAUGUGUGCCCAAUUAUGUAAAUCAUGAUACGUUACAGUGUUACAUUUAUAUUUGGUAGUAAAGUACCAAAACAUUUGUUCUGAAUAGUGAAGUCUUUGCUAAGCAUAUUUUGGCAGCUUUGACAAUGUUGGGAGACAUUGCUCAGAAGUAGCUAACUUAAGUAUUAAGUUCAAGUGAAAACUACUUAAAUAAUCUUUUCAUCUAAACUUUAUAGGAAAUGGCAGCUGUUUACUUAUUGUUUGUUUUCUGUUUUGUCUUGUAAUAUUGUUAAUUUACUGAGUUUAUUUGUGAAUACAUUUUUCACUUGUUAUUUUAAGUUAGUUUUGUGUAUUUUUGUGUUACUGACCAAUUAAAAAAGUCAUGUACUUGCAAAAAAUAUUAAACAUAAUAUAUCCCUACAGGCAGUUAUUUUUAAUUGCAAUCUCUUCAUUUUAUUCUGAUGUAGUUAUGUAUGUUGUAAUUUUGAACUUUAUUGUACUUGAAAAACCAUUUAGAAUUUAUUGAGAAUGGCUAAACCAUUGCAAUUUCUGCAUAAAAUGGCAAGGGAUCUCACUAGCAGUAAUUACAUUAUUUUGGAGAUGGCGCAGUUCAACCUUUUUCGUGUCCAAUUUCGAUCCUGGUUCAAAAAAUAAUUGGUAUUUUUUUGUGAACUCUUAAAUAUGGUCUACCCAACAUAACAUUUUGUUUUAUUCUUUUGGGUUUACAUUAUGUUAUGUACACUCAUGUACAUUAAAGUAUUACAGGUUGGCCACCCGACAGGGAAAACCGGGAAUAAGCCGGGAAUUUUUCCAAGAACUUAUAAAAUCAAGACAUAAUUUGACAGCUUCUUGAAUCAUGAACUGAUUAACCACGAAUCAUCGUAUUUUACGGGACAUGGCUCCUGAAAUUGUGAAUGAAGAUCGACAUAUAUGUUAGUGACCUACAUUUGAUGCCGGUUGAUCUAAGGUUACCUCCAGUACUGUAGUGAGUUGUUUAUCUUGAUUAGUUCUACUCUUGUGCCAUGGCAAGCCUCCAUCCCCCACCUAAAAGCCUAACAAUGCAUUGGAAAAUUAAAAUUGGCCGACCGAUCAUUUCUGACUUCGGCACUAAAAUGUAUAGUGUUAUAAACAUACUUCAGAAUUUGGUUCGUUGAAUAAUAUAAUGUUUGACGGUUUGAUGAGAGGUGCAGCCCAGGUUUUUGAGUACAUCAGAAUGUUAGUUGGAUUCAUAAAAAGCUUAAUAAGAUACGUUUUGGAGAAGAAAGUAGUGGGUUAGUUACAAGUAACGUAGAGACACGUUUGCGUCCUAUUGCACAGCAAUGACAAAAUGAGCUGAGGGGUGUGAGCGGCAGGAGAAACAUUUAAUGUCUAGAAUUGGCGGCAAUAAGCGCCAUCGUGUGGUACUGCCCUGCUGCUCAUGUCUGUCAUUGCUAGUGUUGAGUGUUCCCCAUAUAUACAACACAAACAUUAAACUUUUAAGUCCCCGCCCAUUCUAGCACUCAGUCUAACCGCUCGUAUCGCGGCCGAGGCCUCGGUUGGUCUAUGAACAAUUGCUCCUCAAACAAGUUCCCAUUGUCAUCAAAUUACAUAGGUUAAAACAAAGGAAGUGAUAUUAUGUUUUGAUAUCACGGUUACAUCCAAAUCUCGACUGAACAGCGUUUAAAUCGGAAAAAAUGGGGCAAGUUUUUUGUCCAACUAAAAAGCGCUAGUAGUCUAAACGGGCGCAAGAGCUCUCCCGAGCGCUGCCGCAACCAGUGCCGGACAGUUGGUUACAAGAACUGGAGAACAGUGUUGGCUAUUACAAUUUCAAUUAUAAACAUUGCAGAGUAAUUAUCGCUGCCAUGUGUUAACAGACUUCGUCUUGACUCCCGGAACAACCAGCGAUACAACUGUAGCAAGUACUUGCGACAGUUCUCGUGAGUAAAAUUGCUUAUAUUAUUCACAUUAUGGCACAGUAGUUGUGCACAUUCUCUCGCAACUUUACUUGCCAGUGUAAACUCAACUUAAUGUUGUUGGCAGUCUAAAGACGGCAGACAACCAGCCGAUCGAAUCAGCCACGCUCAUCAGUUUUCGUCGCCAGAGCGGCAUUUGUUGGACGACGGCUGGAAUCCUGUCAGUUCUCCGGUCAACUAUUUACCGAAACGACUUCUACGCUCGCGUGACGAUCGUUUGGACGAUUCGAACUGUUCAAACCAAACAGUCCAACGUGCACGAGGAUCUUUGCCAUGUUGUUUCGUAGUCCUUGACUUGUUGUUGUAUCUAAGUGACUAACUAACUGAGUCUGUUACAAUAUUUUAUUUUAUUCGUGGACAAAAACUAUCGGCAGUACUCAAAUGACUGAUUGUUGAAACACGUUUUUGUAGAUCUAUUAGGUAUACAUAAUGUUAUGUCGACACAUCAAAAGACACAGAGAUAAAAACUAAGGAGCUUAAAAUAGGUAAUAGCAAUAAAUCGUCACCGAAUUUCUCGCAUAUCGCUAGCGACGAAAUGCUAGAGCACCGCAGCUGUGUGGCAAUUCUUGCAAAUACUGCUAAUGACGGUAAAAAGUCAUUGUUGCACUUGGCGUAAGGGUUAAAUACAGUACUACAGUUGUCUAUUUGGUUUAAAAAUAGAUAAUCGGAAAUUUUCGACUGGGAAAACUGGGAAUUUGAAAAGAGGUUUUUGAGUGGCCACCCUGUAGUAAUUUAUUAAAAUAUUAUGCAAGAAAGAACUUACAAUUUUAUUUAUGAAUGUAAUUGGACAGUCACUUUUAAUAAUGUACUUUUUUGUGUUUUCUAUUAUUUAUAGUAACAAGCAUAAAAAUUCAGGUUUAAUAUUUCCUCCUUAUAUCCCUCAAAAGAAAUCAUUAAAUUAAACAUAAUAGGUGACAGGAUUUUAACACAAUUUAUGCAGCAUUUGUGAAAAACCCAUACAAGUUAGUAGAAACAAGAAAGAAAUAUUCCUUAGAAGGGGUUUUAAAAUAUGGAUUCUAAAAUUCAGUGAUUUAUUAUUAAAGUUAUUUAUUAAAUCAUUGUUAUUUUACAAAUGAUCACAUUAGUAUACAGUAUGAGAAAUCUCUUAGUCACACUUUCUAACAGAGUUAUAUUGGAGCCAUUUCUGGUGUUUGAACUGUGUUGAGUUGGGACUUUAAAUUCGAUCACUCAUGUUACAACAGUUGCAUCUAUUUUUGUGUCACAACUUAGUACCAUCAAGUACUUAUUACUUCAAGUUGUAUAUUUGAUAUUGAGGCAAUUGUUGUAUCUUAAACAGUGUGGUUUUGAUUUUCAUGCUGCACAUUAUGUGAUGUACUGUGCCAUAUCAUUUGUUAGUACUGCGUGUGCCAUUUAAAUUCCCCACUAGUCCUUCUUUAUCAUAUCGGGCUGUAAUCAAAAUCCUCUUCAUAUAUAUACAAAGUGAGUUUUGGUGGACUUAUUUGAUUAAAAAUUUUGGGUACUGGCACAUAUUUAGUAUUUUGGCAUUUAAUUUUGUGAAAUAAAAUAAAUUUUAACAAUAUUUCUGCAUGAAAUUUGGUAUCUUUGUAUAUUUCCGAUAAGAAAUAACAGUUUUAAGGCAAACACUUUUUAUUAUCAUUAAUAACCAACAUAAUUGGUAGAAUUUAACUUUAAAUAAUUUUAAAGUUCAGGAUGUCAACAAUAUAUUUUGCAUUCAAAUAAUUGGUAGCACUGUUAAUAUUUUAACAACAUAUUAUAUGUAUAAAAUAUAAAAUGCCUAUGUUCGUGAUUAAUGUGUUAUAUUCUGUCUGGUUUCCAAUAAUGUUGAAAUGCUUGUUAGUAAUAAAUAUAAAUUUAGACCUAUCAUUUAGAAAUUAUUAAAAAAAUAAAGAAUACUUAUAAGUGAAAUAAGUUAAUGUUACAAUACAGUUUCAUUCAUCACAGCCACAGCAGGUAUUUUUACAAUAAUAAAGAGUAUAAUAAACA